GGCAGUAAAGUAAAUAAAACAAAUUUGUUGGGGUUGUAUGUGGCGCUCGUGUGCAUACGCAACUUCCUGUGACAUCAUCACUGAGCGACGCUUUGGCCACAAGUGUUUGCUUAAAAAUCCUUCGAUCGAAAGAAAGAACGACAUGGCCCCAUCACCGACAAAGCGCAAAGAGGAAGAAAAAACAAAGGAGAGGGGUAAGGAAAAGAACAUCAAGGAUGAAGACAAAGAACGAGGACGAGACAAAGUGAGGAAGCGUCGCAGUGCUUCUACAGGAAGCAGCAGCAGCAGGUCCAGCUCAUCUUCAAGCAGCAGUUCUGGUUCCAGCUCAGGCUCCUCCAGUGGGUCCAGUUCAUCUGGUUCCAGUCGCUCAGGUUCGUCAAGCUCUCGCUCCUCUUCCUCCUCAAGCUCAUCUGGAUCUCCUAGUCCAAGCCGUAGACGCCACGAUAACCGACGCAGGUCACGUUCAACCUCAAAAACACAGAAAAAAACAGAUGAGAAGGAAAGGCGAAAAAGAAGCCCAACUCCAAAACCAACCAAGGUUCAUAUAGGUCGACUGACCAGAAAUGUCACAAAGGAACACAUACUAGAGAUCUUUUCAACUUACGGGAAAAUCAAAAUGGUGGAUUUGCUGACGGACAGAAGUCAUCCUCACCUUAGCAAGGGCUCUGCUUAUGUUGAGUUUGAAACCUCAGAAGAGGCACAGAAAGCACUCAAACACAUGGAUGGAGGCCAAAUUGAUGGACAAGAAAUAACUGCUGCAGCAGUACUGCCUCAGCGCUUCCGACCUCCACCUCGGAGACUUUCUCCACCGCGAAGAAUGCCCCCACCCCCCCCCAUGUGGCGCCGCAGCCCACCACGCAUGAGGAGAAGAUCCCGCUCUCCGAGGAGACGCUCACCAAUUCGACGCCGCUCACGCUCUAGGUCUGCAGGGCGCAGGCGCCAUCGCUCUCGCUCCAGCUCAAACUCCUCCAGAUAAACAUUUGUCUUAGAAGCUCAGCUGAGAUAUGCUCGCUUCGGACCACUGAGUGUUUGAAAAAGAUCCAACACCACUGGUCCCCUGAAGACAGUGAAUGUUUUCUUUUCAAUUUUGAGUCUUCAAAGAUUACUUUACUGUGUAAUUUGUCAUUGUUAGUUUUGAGAUAAUUGGUCUUUUACUAUAACACAAUUUGGGAAAAUACUAGUUGCUACUAUAUUACAAAAUAUUUUUUCUGAUACAAGUUUUACCACCCUUCAAAUGAUUAUACGUUUGUUUUAUUAAUGUAUGAUUUCUUUAAUACUUUUCAAAAUAAAUUUUUAAAAAGUG